AUGGGGAAGUAUACAUCAUUGAAGGUUGUUUUAACGACUGUCAACAAGGCGGGCGGGUCCACAUCCAAAUCGGUUUCUGUCGCCAAAAAGAGCGGAAAGAAAAGAUUGGAAAACGCAUCUGCAGUUGAUUUACGUCAACCUAAGGACAGGGAUCCCAGUGGUACCAAUGAUUCGGAGAUUCAAGAGUUGAUAGCAUCCUUUCCUCCACUGAUUGAUUUCGGUCUCUCUACUCAUGACUUGGUUGCUAUCGGCUACGAUUAUAAUUCCACUAAGAUUUUGUUUGGCAACUCCAUUUUCAAUCAAUGGAUGGAAAAUCAUAACAAUCGGUGGACCCAAGCGCUCCCACGGUUUGACAGCCCGUUUAAAGAUCUCUACGCUACCUAUUCAGUUGAAGUCAGGGUCAACAUGCUAUUUGCUCAAUACGCGAACGAUUGGCGGCGAGUGUUGAAAUUCCUGAUCUUGCUUUUUGAUGAUGAUGCCGUGGGCAGUGUGGACAAGAAUACGGAAUACACAUGGGGGUAA